AUGAAUAAUUUGAAUUUCAUUCGGACAUUGCUGGCAUUGCUCUUGCUGGCCGACACGACUCUGGCAUCCGCAGGAGCAGGAACCGGCUACGAUGAUUCUAGUAAGAACGCGUUGGAGGGUUACACGCCCGGCAAGAAAUUGAGUCGCAAAGAGCGCAUGGAAUUGGCCAAAGAAGAAGCGAAAAAGUACAUGGAACUGCGUCGUCAAGGCGUCGACGAAGUG